GGAAGGUCUGCACUGUGUGAGUGUGGGAGUGCAGGAGAGAGAGAGCAAAGUUAGAGACAGAGAGAGAGAGAGAGAGACAGAAAGCCAAAGACAUGGAGCCUGUGUUUUCAGCUUUGCCCUUCUCAGCUGUAGUGUCCUUGUUCCUGUUGCUAUCUCCCUCAUGCCUCUGCCAAGAGUUGCAGGAGAAGGAUGCUCUGUGCAGCCCUGAAGGAUGCUAUGCGCUUUACUCCCAGCGCAAAACCUUCCUGGAUUCCUGGAGGAGUUGCAGAGACCGGGGAGGCAAUCUGGUCACAGUUAAACGUCCCGAAGAAGCUGCUUUGAUUGAAGAACUGUUCAACAUGCAGCCCCGCAGAGGGAAGAAGCUGAGAAUCUGGAUCGGGCUUCAGCGCCAGCCUAGGCAGUGUUCUGCCACCAGACCCCUGCGUGGUUUCACCUGGAUUACUGGGGACCAGGACACCCAGUAUACAAACUGGCUACAGGAGGAUUCAGCCAGUACCUGCGCUGCGUCGAGGUGCGUGGUGAUGACCUACAGCACUGCCCCGCAUGAACAAAGCCAGAACUUCAAAUGGCUUGACGGUUCCUGCACCUUGCCUGUGGAUGGAUACAUGUGCAGGUAUAGCUACAAAGGCAUGUGCUCCAGCAUCGAGGCAGAGGGAGGGGGGCCAGUUUUGUACGCCACCCCCUUCCAUUUGGCCAGCACCCUUCUGGAUCAUAUCCCCUUUGGGUCGGUGGCAACUGUGCCCUGUCCAGAUGGCACAAAGGUGGACCAGUCGGUGCUCUGCAUGCAGAAGGAGGAUGGCAGCAUCAGCUGGUCGAAGGAUGGCCCCUUUUGCACCGAACCUCCUAAAAGUGAGUGCGAUAAGGACAAUGGGGGCUGCCAGCACUACUGUGUGGACAAUGGCAACUAUUACUACUGUGAGUGCCUGGAAGGCUACAUUCUGGAGGAUGAUGAUCAAACCUGCAGCCCUGCUGAUUUCUGCCGGGGGGAUCCGUGUGAGUUUGAGUGUGUGAGCACUAAGGAUGGCUACCUCUGCGCUUGCCCUGAAGGGUACAUCCUAGCCACCAAUGGCCAAGACUGUGUUGAUGUGGACGAAUGCCUCCAGAGCCCGUGUGAGCAGCUCUGCAUCAACGCGCCGGGGACUUUUGAGUGCCGCUGCCAGGAAGGGUACCUGCUUGAGGGAGGCAGCCAGUGCCAGGAUAUUGAUGAGUGCCAGGAAAUGCCUUGUGAGCACGCUUGUGAGAACACUCCAGGAUCGUACGCCUGUCAUUGCCACCUUGGAUAUUCACCCUCUCCAGAGGACCACACCCAGUGCCUGGACACAGACGAAUGCCAAAUCCCAGGCACAUGUCAGCAAAUGUGCGUUAACUACAUUGGGGGCUUUGAGUGCCACUGUGAGGAGGGUUACUUGCUGAACCCUGACGCCUUUACUUGUGAUGCAGAGGAAGCUGACUGGCCAUCCACCUCUCCUGCUACUGAUUCACUGACCACUGCACCCAAUCUCCUCAAAUGGCUGACUGACGCUCCAGGUUACCAGUGGUUAACUGAUAUCCCAGGUCUUGAUUGGCAACCAGAAAUCACCAACUUGCCGUCUGCUUUUUACGAUUUGUUCACAGACCCUCCUUCCUACCUUACUCCGGAUCAGGGGAGCUCCUCUGAACUCGUCCCUGAACACACUCAAGAUUUGUGGGAUGCUCAACCUACUUCUGAUUUAACAGACACUGCCCCACCAACCCCUGAUUGGUCAGCGGUGACAGAACCUACUUCUGACUGGUUGACGGAGACACCACAAGUCCUGGAUUGGGCCCCUGCUUCUAACACAAUUGAUUUCUGGAGCUCGCUGAUCGAGACAACCCCAACGGCUGCCCCUGAAGAGAGCUUCAGGCAUGCAGGCACUAUACAGGCCAAUCCAGGUGAUACUGGACCGGAACGAGAUUCAGGGGAAGAAUCUGGAACUGGGGAAAAACUGGAGGAAAGGGUAACAGAAGGAUAUCCCAAGCCAGGUUCUGUCCAAACUGAUUUGGUCCCAGUGGAUCCAGUCCCUACAUCCACGGAGGUUGCUCAAAAAGAUCGCAAUGGGGGUGUGGUGGAAGAAUCAAUUCCAGACAGUGAGGAGGACAAGGAAACCGGGCCAUUAGAGAAGGGUGGAGGGGUCCGUGCCACUCAGGACCGGCACCAGCCCGUCCCCUCCCCUGCUGCCCCCCUGUCCCUCAGCACCGAGGGGAGCGUGGUAAGUGGGACCCGGAGCAGGCAGGACAGUAACUGGCUCUUGGUCGCGCUCUUGGUGCCACUGUCUAUCUUCAUGGUGGUGAUGUUGGCACUGGGCAUAGUGUACUGUACCCGCUGUGCCCUUCAGCCUCGGAGGAAAAGCGUGGCAGACUGUUACCGAUGGAUCACCAACUCCACUGAGAAGUCCUCCACAUCCGGUAAUUCCCGGGUUUAGGCUUCUUGCAGUGGCUUGUAAAUAAAAUGCUAAGUAAGUGCUGUUGAACUGUACUGCAAAGUUCCUUUGCUGAGCUGCAGUUUUGCAAAAUUACUGAAUCUGAUUGAACUAAUUUUGGGAUUUACAGCUGAAGACACCUCUCAUGUUUAGCAUUCUGUGAUUCUUUAACUCUAAGCACUUUUUCUAGAUAUUUUGCAGCCAAAUUACUGUAUUUUCUAUAUUGACACACAUAUACUGUGUGUGUGUGUGUGUGUGUGUGUGUGUGUGUGUGUGUGUGUGUGUGUGUGUGUGUGUGUGUGUGUGUGUGUGUGUGUAUAAUGAUAUUGUUAUUAUUAAUGAUGUUGUUCAGGUUAAUAAGUGGUGCUAGUUAGGAAUAUGCAUACAAUAUGAAUCCCUUACCACAUUUUAGAAUUGGAAUAUUAGUAAAUAAAAUAAAUGCAAUAGUACUGUUUAAAGGGGAAGCCAUUUUUGCCACACAUGUAUUAUUCUUACUGUUUUUUUUUUUUAUUUGUUUGCUUUUAAUGUACUCACAGGUUAAACAGUGAGGUUCUUAUACAGUGAGAAACUGCCCCCCCCUGAAAAAUCAAUGGGAACCUUUAACCCUCUAUUGAUAAAACAAAAACUGAUGGAGAUAAUGAACAUGAACACAAAAUCAAGCACAUUUUAAUAACACUUAAAAAGUGAAAUAAAACUCACUGGACCGCUUCAUUGAUUGAUUCAUUGUAACAUGUUAAAGCAAUAUGCCAAACGUUUGUUUUAUGGUACAGAGCCAUCGUGGGUAUGAAACUCAGAGAGAUGGAGGCGCAUUUCCAGAGUUGAACAAAACAACUGAAACGGGAUUAAACUAGCAGUCUUCAUCACUGAUAACAUUAAGAAUGAAUUAAUUCAGCUUCACAAAAUUGUCUUCAAUAGAGGACCCUGUGUCAUUUUUAGCAAAAUCCUCAAAGUUGAUGUAAUGUGUGACAUUGCUCUCUAUCUGAAAUGAAGCUAACAUUGCAAUCCAGUAUAUGAGAAUAAAUGACAUAAAACAGGAUCAAUAUAUUGUCAAUGGGGGAACAAAGUCUGGACAAUUGCUAAGUUAGACCCGUAAUAAAGAAUGACCUUCACGCUCUCACCAAAUUGUCAGCAUUUCAUUGUGCCAGAUCUGCCACCUCGUCCUUUGAAGCUUUGCUUUAAUAAAACACAUUGAAAAUCCCAAAUACAGCAACAUGAGCUCCACUGUGCACUUUUGUUACAUUAUUAAAUAAUGCACGGACACCAGCUGAUUUGAUGGUAAGAAUAACUUUGUUCAAUUCAUGAUGUUAAUGUAUGGAGUUCGGCCCUUGCAAUCACACCACUCUAUGCUGAGUGUAGGCAGGCAGUGGUAAUUAUGCGUAUUUAAUGUCAUGGUUCAUAACGAAUUUCUAUUGGUUUGGAACAGGGGUGUGUGUUUUAUUUCAUAUGAAUUAAGUAUAUUUUACUUUAUAUGAAUUCAGUAUUUAAAUAAUAAAUACAUUUCAAUUAGUGAAUCCUGUUCAAAAGUUAUUUAAUGAUGUUUUAAUAAAUGUAUUUCUAGAAGUCUUCUAGUGUCGGAGGCUUUAUUAAACUAUAUAUUUUUGCAUAUUUCAUCUGUUUUUCUGUUACCAAUAUCAUCCACAAGCUUAUAAACAUAAUUUAAAAUUCAGUGGGCUGCAUUCAACUUCCAUGACUGUUUCAUUUGUUUAU